UUUUGCUGUCAUUGAAGAGAUUGUCGUUUGAAUGUUAUGAAAAUAUGGCUUUGUUUUUCUUUUCUUUUUAAUGAUUGUUCCUUAUAUUAGCACUACUACUGGCAGCACAUAAUUAAUAUCAUAGUGUAAACGAUGUGUUGGUUUCUUUGAUGUUUGCCCAAUGAAGCCUUGUUAAGAAAAAAAACAGGACGAGUUUUUGCGACAUCAAGUUUUGAAGAUUUCGAGAAGCUGAAAAUAGCCAAUCAGCUUUUGGUUUUGGGUCUAUAAAGUAACCGCGAUGUUAAGCUGGACUCAUCGAGAUGAAACCGAAAUAUGUUUCUUUUAGAUUUGUUAUUGCAUUUUUCAUUUUAUCUACAUGAUAUGCUGAAACAGCUUUUGAAGCGCGAAGUUCUACUACUAAAGCCUGUUAAAAAGAACAUCUUGUCCAACGUCAAAUGUUCACAGUUAUCUAAUGGCGAAUUUCGGAUUCUGUUCAUUGGCUCUGAUUCACUCGUGUCUUUGCCAGUUUUGAAAUUUCUUCACGAAGAGUACCGUAAAAUUACCAAAACGCACAGCAGUAUAUCUCUAAAUGUGUUAACAAGAGUUCUGGAAAAGAAUUUGAAUCCAGUUGCAGAAUAUUGUCUGGAUAAUGGACUGGAGAUUCGAAAUUGGGACCACUUGGAGGAAAGUGAUGGUUUUGCGUCUUUGAAGUGCGAUGUUGGCGUUCUGUCGUCAUUUGGAAAACUGGUUCCGGGCGAGCUGAUUGAUGCUUCAAAGUUUGGCAUAGUGAACAUCCACCCGAGUCUCCUUCCGAGAUGGAGAGGCAGCAGUCCCCUUCCGAGGACUAUUCUGGCAGACGACACACACACAGGCGUCUCACUCAUGUUACUAUCGCCUCACAAAUUCGACUCCGGGAAAAUUAUUUCCCAGACCACAUUCGAAGUACCCCAUGACGCUUUCACCGAAGAUCUAGCCAAAUUAGCGCUUCAAAACGGAAUCGAGUUAUUGACUAAUUGCUUAGAAAAUGUUGAAAAUUCAGUUAAGAAAGCAGAGCAGCAAACAAAGAAAGGAGUGACUUACGCGUUCAAGCUUAAAACUUCGGAUUCGGAAAUUGAUUGGCACAAAUACACAGUCGCGGACGUUUGGAGAUUAUACCGAGCUUUGUCGUUUAAAUUUCCAAUGAGAACUGAAUUCAACGGGAAAAUUGUGAAACUAACUGAAAUGAUUGAACCAAAAUAUACUUCAAAUAGUUUCAUUCCUAAUGACUUUUUAAGUGACCAUAUUAAACCUGGUACGGCUUGUUUUUCGCCUUUGAUCGAAGCUAUUUGUAUAAAAUGUGUUGAUGGUUUUGUGGGGUUCAAAAAAGUUCAUAUUGCAGGAAGGAAAAGUUUAGAUGCUCUUCAAUUUGCAAAUGGUUAUUUUAAUCUGAGAGAUAGUUCUGUACGUUUUGGAGCUAAACGAGGAAAAAAGUGAUUGUUUUUCAGAAGAAUAAUUCAAAUAUUUAU